AACCGGGAGUCCUCGCGCGAGAUUCACGGUUUUAGUAGCAUCACACGUGGACAAGUGGGACUUUGGUGCGAGAUCAGUGCCAUUCGUCAGGAGAGGCCCACCGGGAAAAUGCCCGGGCCAAAACUCGGACGAGUCCACUCAUCAGGUGGUCCAGAUGUGUAGGCCGAACCGUUGGGCCUGUGUAGCGGUUGGUUCGACUUGCUGAACGGCUGCGAUCUAUCAAAAGGGUGCCGUGAAGGACGCCUCACUAUCACCAGAGGGCACGUGCACGUCACGUGAUCUAGAUAUUCUGUUGCAGCCUCCUCCAACCCCCUAACUGCUUCGUUUUCAACGACCUGAAAACGAGAGAGAGCUUCAAUGGCAGCCUCUCCAGCAAUCCAAAUCCGAUGCUUCUUCCCACCCAAAAACCCAAACUCCAAAACCCAUGAAAACCCACACCACAACCAUGUUAAAUCCGAAACAUCCCUUCCAAGUACGCAGAUAUCACUGAAUUCCAUACAAUCCCAUCGUGCCCACAAACUGUUCGACGAAAUUCCUCAGAAAGACACCUUCGCUUGGAACUCCCUCAUCCGCUACCAUCUCACGCAUGAUGGGUCUUCUCAUGUUAUCUUCAUUUAUCAACAAAUGCUACUCCGUGGGGCCCGUCCCGACAAAUACACGCUCCCGCACGUUUUAACUGCGUCCAGACUCUCGGGCAGCCUUUUCCAUGGUAAGCAGAUUCAUGCUCAUGCGUUGAAGCUUGGGUUUGGCUCUGACGAGUAUGUAGUCACCGCAUUGAUGACAAUGUAUGGGCAAUUCGAUGGCGUUGAAGCUGCGCAUCGGGUGUUUGAUAAAACGUCUAAGAGAAACUCGGUUUCGUGGACGUUGCUUGCUGGGCUGUAUGGGGCAGAAGAUCGGCAUGAUUUGGCUGUAGAUGUGUUUAAGCAGAUGGUUAGCUCAGGCAUUGAGGUCGAUUCUGUCUCAUUGGUUACUGCAAUUGGAGCCUGUGGGCACUUAAAAUCACUCCAUGAAGGAAGAAAAAUUCACAAAAUUGCGAGGAACUGCGGAUUAGAAUCUGAUGUUCUGGUGGGGAAUGCACUCUUGAAAAUGUAUUUCGACUGCAGCAGCAUUGAAGAUGCUCGGGCUGUUUUUGAUCGGAUGCCUGCAAAAGAUACCAUCUCUUGGACGGCGGUCAUCAGCAAGUACGUGCAAAAUGGGAGCUUCAAUGAGGGUCUGAAACUGUUUCGUGCAAUGCAUUUGGAAGGGACAAGGCCUGAUUCAUUUUCAGUUUCUAGCGUUCUCCCUGCUUGCGCGAGAGUAUCCGCUCAUAAGCAUGGAAAAGAAAUUCAUGGGCAUGUAAUUAGAAAUGCGAUGGAUUUGAACCUAGCUGUCCAAAAUGCAUUGAUGGACAUGUACGUGAAAUCUGGAUGCGUGCUGUCGGCUUCUAAGAUAUUUGCAACAAUGGCAGAGAAAGACACUGUUUCAUGGACUGUGAUGAUAUUGGGUCAUAGCUUGCAUGGGCAAGGAGAGGUUGGAGUUGAACUGUUCCGUGAAAUGGAGAAGGAACCAGGAAUACAUGCUGAUCAGACAGCUUACGUCACAGUCCUCCAUGCGUGCAAUACUGCACGCAUGGUUGAGGCAGGAAGGUUUUACUUCAAUUACAUCAAGGCGCCCAAGGUCGAGCACUGUGCAUUGAUGGUCAGCCUUCUAUCUCGUACUGGACAUUUCAAUGAAGCAAGGGCCUUCAUUGAGGAGCGCCGAAUCGAGCGGCACCCGGAGGUGCACAAAGUGCUGCUUGACGGGUGCAGGAUCCAUCAGAAUUUGAAGAUGGGCAAGCAAGUCAUUGAGCAGCUUAUUGAGUUGGAACCUCUGAAUGCUGAGAACUAUAUCAUGCUGUCGAACGUACAUGCUGCGAGCACGAAAUGGGAUGCAGUCGACCGAUUGAAACAGAUGGUUAUAGAUAUGGGUCUGAUGCCGAAAAGAGCCUAUAGCUGGACCGAGGUCCGAAACAAGGUCCAUGUGUUUAGUGUAGGGGAAGUUUCUCAUCCAAGAUCUCAGAGGAUAUAUUGGGAAUUAGAGGGCUUGAUGAAGAGGAUGAAAGAAGAAGAGGGUUUCGUGCCUGCGACUGAUUUUGCCCUACAUGAUGUAGAUGAAGAGAGGGAGUGCAUUCCAUGUGGGCACAGUGAAAUGCUGGCCAUUGCUUUUGGUCUGAUCAGCACACAAACAGGAUCAACCAUUCGUAUCACCAAGAACCUCCGUGUGUGCCGCAAUUGCCACACUUCCGUGAAAAUCAUUUCUAAGAUGGUUGGAAGGGAGAUCGUUUUGAAGGAUCCCAACCGUUUUCACCAUUUCAAAGAUGGGCUUUGUUCAUGUGGAGACUUUUGGUGAUUUUGGGUGGUAGUAUAUCAUACAUAAAAUUCAGAAAUUCAGAAAAUUCAGCUCGGAUGCCACAGACGGUUCACAGGAUUCUGGACUGCACAAAAGCAAGUCGAGUCCCCAAAAAUAAUUUUGGAUGGGGGCUUUCAUUUUGGAUUUGAUUAGUUGUUGUAGAUGAUUGUGAUAGAAGACCCACCUAAAUAAAUCAGUCAUCACAACCUUUCGUCUUUGAUUCUGACUAUGAGGGAGGAACCGACGUAAUGGUGAAAUUGUGAAUUGAUGCUCAAAUGAAAGUAUCUCACCUUCAUAUGCAUGGAACAAUCAGAACUCAAAAGACAACAGUGGAAAUCCUAUGAAACAAGCAAACAGAGCGGCAAAGGCAGCAUGUGGAAGAAAUAGCAGGAAGAACUGAAAAGGAGAUUUUUCUUCUUGUUAUUCAAAUGCAUUAUUUCCCACCAAUAAUGGCGCUUUUUCUUUUUUCUUUUUUUGAAAGAGAAGAAAAUAAGUGAUGCAUAUGGAUCAUGAUCCCUUGUUACCUGUAAGUAUUUUUCUCACUCUAGAUCAUUUUCUAAUACACCUUUGAAGAGCCUCGGAAAUGAGGAUAUGGUUGUUGA